AUGCAUUUUCUAGUUAUUACUUUUGUCAGUUUCAAGUUAUUUCAGUGGCCAUUGUGGGUUUGUCUUUCUUUAACAGAAGGGUACCAACAGUUUAGUCCAUGUGUGUAUAUAUGUUAUAUAUAUAUAUUUAUAUAUGUGUAUAUACUGUAUAUACAUAUCUAUAGACACGUAUAUGAAACGCAUCAGUGGUCUCAUGGUGUGUUUGUUUCGUCCACCAGACUGAGACGGUGGACAGCGGUUCGGUCCUGACUCAGGGAGACAAACUGAGAGCCUUAAAGAGCCGGAGACCCCCCCGACCCGCCACCACGGGAGCUCUCAGAGUGGAGGAGAUGAAGACUCACAGCAGGUCGGCCUCUCAGCCGCUCAGAUGGUCAAUGGGUGGUCAGGGCCCCCCCGCCCCCCUCAAGGCCUCCAAAUUCUCAGCAUCCUCUGCUUCUGCUGCCGCCAAGAGGAUCGGAAGAAGUCCGUCAUCAACGGCCUCCAACAUCAGGAGCUCUCGGUUGGCCUCCUCUCUCUCUGAUCUUUAUGCUGUGGACGCUGAGGACUCCUCCUCCCAUGUGUCUCUCAGCUCCACCCCCUCUCCUCUGGCCCCGCCCUCUCUGUGUCGCUAUGGUAACGGGCCCCGCGGUGCACAGCACGAGGCCAACAACAACAGCAGCAGGCCAGGCCCUCAGGACUUCAGGGGCCCCGGGCCCUACAGCGCACUGAAGGGCCCGUCAGGACGCUACCUGAGCCGAUCCAUACCUUCUCUUCCGUCUGAGUACAUCCAGUACUAGAAGUACAGAAGUCACCCGAGGACACAUUACCCACAAUUCCCUCUGUCUAGGACGCUCAAAGGGAAACUAAUAAAGCAGCUCAGUGAGCGAAGGGACUCUGUUAACAUCUGCUCACACUAUAUGUUAAUGAGCUGUAUGUUAAUAAGCUGUAUGUUAAUAAGCUGCAUUUAACGUGGUAUUAAUGAGGUGUAUGUAAAUGAGAUGUAUGCUAAUAAGCGGGAUGUUAGUGAUAUUUUAAAGAGUCUGAAUAUGAUUGAUAAUGAUGAUCAUCUACAGAAGAAGAUAUAUUUAGAUAAAGAUAGAUUUUAUAUUUCUUAUUUGUGACAUAAGAUAUUUUUCUUUUGAUUUUUUAAUGAACUGAAGGUUCAGACGACGACAUCAUGCUUACAGUAUUUACUUCCUGUCUCUGACCAGUGAUCGGUCUGUGUUUAUGCUUUUAUAGUCAACAGCAAUAAUAGUAACAGUAGAAGAAAAAGGGACCCAAAAACUCAGGAAAACUGCGGCAGCAACAUUUAAAGUUUAAACAGUUUGUCUUCUUCUCGUCCUCAGAAUCUCUUCUUCUUCUCUUGACAGGCUCAGUGGAUGAUGUGUUUACUAACCAGAGGAAAUGUAGGAAAGUCCUUAAUGAGCAGCUAGUAAAGAAACCAAUGAACAGAUGGACAUUUGUUGAAAACGUGUCACGUGACGCGUUACUUGACAUCUCGCAUGACGUGUGACUCGAGAGCCUUUCUCGGCGGUUGGUUAGAUGUUUCCUGCGUGACUUCCUGUCCUCUGACCAUCGUCUUUCCUAAUCCUAACUCUACAUUCUUACAUUAACCCUUUAAGACCUGGGGAGGAAACAACACAUACUUUUUCAAAAUAAAAGCUCCUGGGAUCAACAGGAAAAUGAAUUGAUUGAAACAAACCACAAGUUAAUUGGUUUAAGGAAAGUUUGUGAGCGUACGACUUCCUGUGAUUCAGUUAUUUAUCAGAAAAGGUUUCUCAGACUUCAAAGUGCCUUAAAGAUGUCAGGAGCUUUAUUUUCAUUCACCACAGCAGAUGCUUUUAUUUUGGAAUGAACCACAUCCUGAGUGAUGAUAUUUAAAUGAAGAACUUUAGUUGUUGCUGAUCCUGUAUUUUAAUGUUGAAGUAUUUUAUUAAAGGGAAAAGUUAUAAAAUAACUUUCAGAUUUACGUUUUUAUGAGACAGAAAAUAAAUGAAUUACUUUUCUGA